GCGGCCGAGGCGGCGGCUCCAGCUCCGGCUCUAGCUCGGGUGGCGGUGGCGGGAGUGGGACCCGGGGGCGGCGGCGGCGGCGGAGGCAGAAGAGGAGAGAGAGCAGCAGCCUCAGCGGCUCGUGGGGGACAUGCGGACCGACGGCCCCUGGAGAGGCGGAAGGAGCAGAGGCCUCGGUUAUCCAAGAGUGCUGGUUGUCCGAGAGUCACUGGUGUGAGCAGCAAAGACCUGGUAGAUUGUCCUGGGCUGUGGCUGGCCGUGGCACUGGAGCUCUGGAUGGCCCCUGAACCAGCACCAAGGAGGAGGAUGGUGCCCCUUGUGCCCGCACUCGUGAUGCUUGGUUUGGUGGCGGGCGCCCAUGGCGACAGCAACCUGUGCUUCGUUAAGGUUCCUGAGGACCAUACUGGGCUGUCAGGAGGGGUGGCCUCCUUCGUGUGCCAAGUCACGGGGGAACCAAAGCCAUGGAUCACAUGGCUGAAGAAUGGGGAAGAUAGCCAGCUCCAGCGUUUUGAGGAAGCCACCAAGGUAGCAGAGGACCAGCUGCCCCCCGGCUUCCCCUCCAUCGACAUGGGGCCCCAGCUGAAGGUGGUGGAGAAAGCGCGCACGGCCACCAUGUUGUGCGCAGCAGGCGGGAAUCCAGACCCUGAGAUCUCUUGGUUCAAGGACUUCCUCCCCGUGGAUCCCACCACAAGCAAUGGUCGCAUCAAGCAGCUGCGUUCAGGUGCCUUGCAGAUUGAGAGCAGCGAGGAGUCAGACCAAGGCAAGUACGAGUGUGUGGCGACCAACUCUGCAGGCACACGCUACUCGGCCCCCGCCAACCUGUAUGUGCGAGUGCGCCGUGUGGCUCCUCGUUUCUCCAUCCCUCCCACUAACCAGGAGGUGAUGCCGGGCGGCAGCGUGAACCUGACGUGCGUCGCAGUGGGCGCACCCAUGCCCUACGUGAAGUGGAUGAUGGGGGCCGAGGAACUCACCAAGGAAGACGAGAUGCCAGUUGGCCGCAACGUGCUCGAGCUCAACAAUGUCGUGCGUUCCGCCAACUACACCUGUGUGGCCAUCUCCUCGCUGGGUAUGAUUGAGGCCGUGGCCCAGGUCACGGUGAAAGCUUUGCCGAACCCUCCAAUUGACCUUAUGGUGACAGAGACAACGGCCACCAGUGUCACCCUCACCUGGGACUCUGGGAACUCAGAGCCCGUGUCCUACUAUGGCAUUCAAUACCGUGCAUCGGGCACCGAGGGCCCCUUCCAGGAGGUGGACGGUGUGGCCACUACUCGCUACAGCAUUGGCGGCCUCAGCCCCUUUUCAGAAUACGCCUUCCGUGUGCUGGCGGUGAACAGCAUCGGGCGAGGGCCACCGAGUGAAGCAGUUCGGGCGCGGACGGGAGAGCAGGCGCCCUCCAGCCCACCGCGCCGUGUGCAGGCGCGCAUGCUGAGUGCCAGCACCAUGCUGGUGCAGUGGGAGCCGCCUGAGGAGCCCAAUGGCCUCGUGCGGGGGUACCGCGUCUACUAUACUCCUGACUCCCGCCGCCCCCUGAGCGCCUGGCAUAAGCACAACACAGACGAGGGGCUCCUCACCACUGUGGGCAGCCUGCUGCCUGGCAUCACCUACAGCCUGCGCGUACUGGCCUUCACCGCUGUGGGCGAUGGCCCCCCCAGCCCCACCAUCCAGGUCAAGACACAGCAAGGAGUGCCUGCCCAGCCCACGGACUUCCAGGCCGAGGUGGAGUCCGACACCAGGAUCCAGCUCUCAUGGCUGCUGCCCCCGCAGGAGCGGAUCAUCAAGUAUGAGCUGGUGUACUGGGCAGCAGAGGAUGAAGGCCAGCAGCACAAGGUGACCUUCGAUCCUACCUCCUCCUACACCCUAGAGGACUUGAAGCCCGACACGCUGUACCACUUCCAGCUGGCCGCCCGUUCUGAGAUGGGGUUGGGCGUCUUCACCCCCACCAUUGAGGCCCGCACGGCACAGUCCACCCCCUCCGCCCCUCCCCAGAAGGUGACCUGUGUGAGCACGGGCUCCACCACAGUCCGGGUAAGUUGGGUCCCACCGCCGGCCGACAGCCGCAACGGUGUUAUCACCCAAUACUCGGUGGCCUACGAGGCGGUGGACGGCGAGGACCGCCGGCGGCAGGUGGUGAACGGCAUCAGCCGCGAACACUCCAGCUGGGACCUGGUGGGCCUGGAGAAGUGGACGGAGUACCGGGUGUGGGUGCGGGCGCACACGGACGUGGGCCCCGGCCCCGAGAGCAGCCCGGUGCUGGUGCGCACCAACGAGGACGUGCCCAGUGGGCCCCCACGGAAGGUGGAGGUGGAGCCGCUGAACUCCACCGCCGUGCACGUCUCCUGGAAGCUGCCGGUCCCCAGCAAGCAGCACGGCCAGAUCCGAGGCUACCAGGUCACCUAUGUGCGGCUGGAGAAUGGCGAGCCCCGUGGCCCACCCAUCAUCCAGGAUGUCAUGCUGGCUGAGGCCCAGUGGCAGCCAGAGGAGUCCGAGGACUAUGAAACCACCAUCAGCGGCCUGACCCCCGAGACCACCUACUCCAUUACUGUCGCUGCCUACACCACCAAAGGAGACGGUGCCCGAAGCAAGCCCAAAAUUGUCAUGACGACGGGGGCAGUCCCAGGCCGGCCCACCAUGAUGGUCAGCACCACAGCCAUGAACACUGCCCUGCUCCAGUGGAACCCACCCAAGGAGCUGCCUGGCGAGCUGCUGGGCUACCGGCUGCAGUACUACCGGGCUGACGAGACAAGGCCCAACACCAUAGAUUUUGGCAAGGAUGACCAGCACUUUACGGUCACUGGCCUGCACAAGGGGGCCACCUACAUCUUUCGGCUUGCCGCCAAGAACCGGGCCGGCCUAGGUGAGGAGUUCAAGAAGGAGAUCAUGACCCCCGAGGACGUGCCCAGCGGCUUCCCACAAAACCUGCACGUGAUAGGGCUGACUACCUCCACCACGGAACUGGCCUGGGACCCCCCAGUGCUGGCGGAACAGAACGGGCACAUCACCAGCUACACCGUGGUUUACCACGACAUCAACAGCCAGCAGGAGCUGCAGAACACCACUGCCGACACGCGCCUGACUCUCUCCGGCCUCAAGCCAGACACCACUUACGACAUCAAGGUCCGCGCACAUACCAGCAAAGGCGCCGGCCCACUCAGCCCCAGCAUCCAGUCCCGGACCAUGCCCAUGGAGCAAGUGUUUGCCAAGAACUUCCAUGUGGCAGCCGCAAUGAAGACGUCUGUGCUGCUCAGCUGGGAGGUUCCUGACUCCUACAAGUCGGCUGUACCCUUCAAGAUUCUGUACAACGGGCAGAGUGUGGAGGUGGAUGGGCACUCGAUGCGGAAGCUGAUCGCAGACCUGCAGCCAAACACGGAGUACUCGUUCGUGCUGAUGAACCGGGGCAGCAGCGCCGGGGGCCUGCAGCACCUUGUGUCCAUCCGCACAGCCCCUGACCUCCUGCCGCACAAGCCGGAGCCCGCCUCUGCCUACAUGGAGGACGGCCGCUUCACCCUCUCCAUGCCCCACGUGCAGGACCCCUCCCUCAUCAGGUGGUUCUACAUCGUGGUGGUGCCCAUUGACCGUGUGGGCGGGAGCAUGCUGACGGCAAGGUGGAGCACCCCUGAGGAGCUGGAGCUGGACGAGCUCCUGGAGGCCAUCGAACAGGGCGGCAGCGGGGAGCGGCGGCGGCGGCGGCGGCGGCAGACAGAGCGGCUAAAGCCUUACGUGGCUGCUCAGGUGGACGUGCUCCCUGAGACCUUCACCCUGGGGGACAAGAAGAGCUACCAGGGCUUCUACAACCGGCCCCUGUCCCCGGACCUGAGCUACCAGUGCUUUGUGCUCGCCUCCCUGAAGGAGCCCGUGGACCAGAAGCGCUAUGCCGCCAGCCCCUACUCCGAUGAGAUUGUGGUCCAGGUGGCGCCAGCCCAGCAGCAGGAGGAGCCCGAGAUGCUGUGGGUGACAGGCCCCGUCCUGGCAGUCAUCCUCAUCAUCCUCAUUGUCAUCGCCAUCCUCCUGUUCAAGAGGUUAAACAUUAAUUUUUUUUUUCUCUUAUCACUUCAUGUUUCUUCUGAAAAUAAAGUUUUUCAGCCCCACAGAAAAGCUGUAAGAGUGAUCUGCAUGUUCUCGUGCAGACUGACCCUUUCGUUUCUUGCCAUAUGCGCCUCGUCUCUCUGUAUAAAAGCACACUUUGCUUUUGCCAAAUUCUCUGAAAAUAGCCAAGGUUCCAGUGCCCCCAGUUGCCCGAAUAUCUCAAGUAUGCGGGACCACCCGCCCAUCCCCAUCACUGACCUAGCGGACAACAUUGAGCGCCUCAAAGCCAACGACGGCCUCAAGUUCUCCCAGGAGUAUGAGUCCAUUGACCCUGGACAGCAGUUCACAUGGGAGAAUUCAAACCUGGAGGUAAACAAGCCCAAGAACCGCUACGCAAAUGUCAUUGCCUACGACCACUCUCGUGUCAUCCUUACCUCCAUCGAUGGCGUCCCGGGCAGCGACUACAUCAAUGCCAACUACAUCGAUGGCUACCGCAAGCAGAAUGCCUACAUUGCCACGCAGGGCCCACUGCCCGAGACCAUGGGCGAUUUCUGGCGGAUGGUGUGGGAACAGCGCACGGCCACUGUGGUCAUGAUGACGCGGCUGGAGGAGAAGUCCCGGGUGAAGUGCGAUCAGUACUGGCCGGUCCGUGGCACUGAAACCUACGGCCUCAUUCAGGUGACUCUGCUGGACACGGUGGAGCUGGCCACCUACACCGUGCGCACCUUUGCACUCCACAAGAGUGGCUCCAGUGAGAAGCGGGAGCUGCGCCAGUUCCAGUUCAUGGCCUGGCCAGACCAUGGAGUUCCCGAGUACCCAACCCCCAUCCUGGCCUUCCUGCGGCGCGUCAAGGCCUGCAACCCGCUGGACGCGGGGCCCAUGGUGGUGCACUGCAGCGCGGGUGUGGGCCGCACGGGCUGCUUCAUCGUGAUCGACGCCAUGCUGGAGCGCAUGAAGCACGAGAAGACGGUGGACAUCUACGGCCACGUGACGUGCAUGCGAUCCCAGCGCAACUACAUGGUGCAGACAGAGGACCAGUACGUGUUCAUCCACGAGGCGCUGCUGGAGGCCGCCACGUGCGGACACACAGAGGUGCCCGCCCGCAACCUCUACGCCCACAUCCAGAAGCUGGGCCAAGUGCCUCCUGGGGAGAGUGUGACCGCCAUGGAGCUCGAGUUCAAGUUGCUGGCCAGCUCCAAGGCCCACACAUCCCGCUUCAUCAGCGCCAACCUGCCCUGCAACAAGUUCAAGAACCGCCUGGUGAACAUCAUGCCCUAUGAGUUGACCCGAGUGUGCCUGCAGCCCAUCCGGGGUGUGGAGGGCUCUGACUACAUCAAUGCCAGCUUCCUGGAUGGCUACAGGCAGCAAAAGGCCUACAUAGCCACACAGGGGCCCCUGGCAGAGAGCACCGAGGACUUCUGGCGCAUGCUGUGGGAGCACAACUCCACCAUCAUCGUCAUGCUGACCAGGCUUCGGGAGAUGGGCAGGGAGAAAUGCCACCAGUACUGGCCAGCAGAGCGCUCCGCUCGCUACCAGUACUUUGUUGUUGACCCGAUGGCUGAGUACAACAUGCCACAGUAUAUCCUGCGUGAGUUCAAGGUCACGGACGCCCGGGAUGGGCAGUCGAGGACAAUCCGGCAGUUCCAGUUCACGGACUGGCCAGAGCAGGGUGUGCCCAAGACCGGGGAGGGCUUCAUUGACUUCAUCGGGCAGGUGCACAAGACCAAGGAGCAGUUUGGGCAGGACGGGCCCAUCACGGUGCAUUGCAGUGCUGGCGUGGGCCGCACCGGGGUGUUCAUCACGCUGAGCAUCGUCCUGGAGCGGAUGCGCUACGAGGGUGUGGUGGACAUGUUCCAGACCGUGAAGACCCUGCGCACACAGCGCCCGGCCAUGGUGCAGACGGAGGACCAGUACCAGCUGUGCUACCGUGCAGCCUUGGAGUACCUCGGCAGCUUUGACCACUAUGCAACGUAACUACCGCCCCCUCUCCUUCGCCGCCCCUGCCUAGGGGCUCCGGAGGGGACCAGCUCCUCUGAGCCAUACCGACCAUCAUCCAGCCCUCCUGCACGGAUGCCGUUGCUGACAGAGCACAGCCCCUGGGAUCACAGCGUUUCAGGAACAUUGCCACAACAGAGAGCUCGGAACCCCUGGCCACUGGGUGGGCCGGCAGGCAGGCGCGGCCGCCGUCUCUAUCCACCAGGCCCGCCCAGAGCCCACCUCGGACUCUCUGCUCCGCUGUCGCAUUUCUCAUGCUUCUUCUCAUGGGGUGGGGAUGGGGCCAAAGCCUCUUUUUUAUACAUUAAGUGGAGUAGACUGAGGGAUUCUAGCCUCUUCUCUCGGAUGUUUCCUUUUGCAAAUUCUUCACUGCAGAGUGGGCUGCCAUGGGGGUUGGGGUGUAGUCUAUUUUCUGUUUUGAGUUAGUUGGGUCCUUUUUUAUGUAAGUUUUACUGCUGAAGGACGAUCAUGCCUUCUUCACGCACGUGGAGCCGGGGCCGCCAGCCUACGCGGGGGCCUCACCGCUCCGCUGCUCUUCCAGGCCUUCAGACAAGAUCUAGUUUCAGCCAAAUGCAGGGAACAAUUUUUUUUUUUAAGUUUUGUUUUGUUUCUCCUUAAGAGCCUUAUUUUAGGCCCCACAGACAGUGGUGGGCGAGGAAGAGAUAGGAAACACUCAGCCCAGUCAUCUAUUCCAGUGUGUGUUUAACGUUCACAGCCCAGAACCCCAGACGUGUCGGGGGAGCCUGGCAAGGCGUUCCUCAUCACCAUCGUGUUUGCAAAGGUUAAAAAAAGCAACAACAAAAAACAAAAACAUCAAUCCAAAAAAUCCCAAAAAAAAGGAGAAAAAAAAAAAAAGGAAAAAAAGAGAGUCAUUUCCUGGCCUCUGCUUCAAACCCCUGAGAGGGGAGGCGGCUCGGUGCCCCUGGGGCUCCCUGCGAGCUGCCAGGAUGACCUCAGGACCCGCGGAGGCUGGCAUUUGUCCCCGGCACUGCGGGGUGCGGUGCGGUGCGGUGGUGGGAGGCUGUGGGUCUGGCCAUGUGGCCGAAGCAGUUGGCACAGGUCAGGGUGUGUGCCACACCCUGCACACCUCAGGGCCAAGCAGGGGCACGGCUGGCCCUUCAGGUCCAGGCCAGUAGGCCUGGUAGCACAUGUCUGUUCUCAGAGAAGGGCCGGAUGGUUUUCCUCCCUGGUUUGCAGCUAUUUUGAAAGCCCGUGAGAAUUGCUCUUUUCCACUCCUUCAAGAUGCCCUCAUGAACCAAUGUGGCAAGACUACUGGACUUUUCUCCAUGGUACUUAUAAUCCUUAUAAUCUUGGCUUGCUGAGGGGCAGGGAGAGGGCCUCUUCCUCUGGGCAGCACUAUCUAGGUAGGUAAGUGGGGGCGGGGAAGGGUGCAUAGCUGUUUUAGCCGAGGGACGCGAAGCAGACGUCCCAAGAUCUAGCUAGGCUCGGUCAAGAUCAACAAUCCAGGGUUGGUAAUGUUGGAUGCGACAUUCAUUUUUACCUUGUGGAUGCUAGUGCUGUAGAGUUCACUGUUGUACACAGUCUGUUUUCUAUUUGUUAAGAAAACUACAGCAUCAUUGCAUAAAACUUGAUGGUAAUAAAUUUGAAUAAUCAGAUUUCUUACAAA